AGCAUAGUUCUCGGUAUGGACGCUGUUCUGACCUCGGUGGUCAUGAUCGGAUACUGGGAAUUAUCCAGAUUCGUGUUGGAGGCAUGGACUCACUGCUUUGCGUGUAAUAUCUGCUUUAGUGCAAGUGUGAUAGAGAAUUGGAGGUGAUGUCGAGCGACCCAGCGACAGAGAAGUUUGUGGCGUUGUUUUUGUUGUGGUCUCAGGUUUCGUGAAAGGACGGAAGUUUUCGAUAUCGGAUAGUUACUUUAAUCGUCUGUGAUAGUUCAAUGCAUCGGUUACUAUGUCAAUGAAUUGGAGAGGAGGCCAUGCAGAGCCAGUCAGACUGCAAGUGAUUAGGUCGACGAGUAUUUGUCCUACAUCCUGACACCUUCUGACCCGUCAAGGACUUCUUUGGUGUUUGUCGCUUGCAGAGCUUUCUCGUUGUUGAUUGUUUUGUAAUGUUAUUUUUAUUCUUUUUCUCCUCCUUCCCCUCCCCAUCCCCCCUAUAGGUCUCAACUCAGCUUCCCCAUUCGUUCGUCCUCGCACAGCAGGCUUCUUUCGCUUGCCAGCUCUCCUCAGGUGCUUUCCGUUGCUUGAUCGUGCGUGAUCGUGCAUUGCUCCAGCUACUCUAAGCACCACUCUUCUGUGCCUGCCAUUGUGCUCUCUCGUCCUUGUUGUCUGCGCUGUUGCCGAAUGAGCCAUCAAGCUCGUACUCCUUUUUCUACUCCAUUUCCACUGUGGAUCGUAGGUUCGUCCUCCGCAAAGCAACUUCAGAGGUAGUUAUAGUUGUCAUACAAUUGCAGAUCACCGUGUAGUUUAGAUGCACUUGUCUUCGUAAUCCUCCAUAGCUGUGACGUUCGUUCUUCUAAUAUCGCGUACUCUUUUUUACGUUUCUGCUCAUGACAAAUCAUGUAGACCAUUGUCAAGUCCUCAACACCUUCUGAAGCAUACAGCUGCGAAGGUCGAGCAUCUGUGAAUCUUCCAAGAGGUCUGCAAGGAACAAGACCACCAGUAAAAAUUAUGGACAUUGAGGGACACAGACCUGUAGUUUUUUUAGUCGUACUUUUCAAGGUUCGAAGUGGCUACUCAAAUUCCACGCACUAUAUUUGCAAGGGUUCCUCUUCACCAUACGCUAGCUGUGAUUGAGGUUUUCUCAACGCUAUCUGGGAAGGUAGUAUGCCGCCAGGAGUAGAGGUUGUCGAUUCGGGAGAAUCAAAAGGGCCGGCGUGGAGCUCACGCAGCAGUCAUGCGAAUGCUUGGUUUACCUCGGCGGUUGAACUUCCGUCCACCUUAGUCUCCAGAGUGGACCAGGUUCCAGCCUCACUGGUAGGAUUUACUCGGCCAUGGCAUCCGGGCGCCAGAAGCGAAUCGAAGUUACAACCACAACGAGGUCAAGAGUUUGCGGGGUUCUGGACGGAUCAGAGCUUUGUAGGAUCAAACAAACCUGUAGAACUUCCCAGACCCAUGGAUGAAGCGAAAUCUGUGGGAAAAUCCUCAGUAGCAGAUAGCGGAGCUUGUAAACCUAGUGUGGAUAUUUCAAAACCCAUUGAGACAGCGCCUGCGAGCUCUGCAGACUGCCACAAUCUGCCCCAGGUUGGUAAAUGCCGGCAUAAUGUGAACAUCGUACCUUUUAAUCUCUUCCCUGCAGGUUUCAAACAAGAUUCAAACUCACCAAUGCGCUCAUAUAUGCUCCCGAAUAUUAGCCAAGAAUGUCAGGUAAGUCAGGGUCAAGAUGCGAACUCGGCGAAAGUGCACUCUGUGGAGAGCUUACAACGGCAGCAAUCCUCUAGGGGUGAUAAGGACAACCAUAAUCCGAUGAUCCAGGAUGCUGCUAUCCUGCGAGUAGACGAAACCAGCAUUCUCUCAUCCAGAAGAAGUUCUGCCCAUCAUUCUUCCCGCUCUUUGUGUCAAGGUCCUCUUCUGGAAGAAGCAAUCAAGAACAAUCCUCCUCACUUACUGCCACAGCCACCCGGAAGCGACCGGGUCGUACACGUGACUAAAACAGAGUUGUCAAACUUGAUAGAAGAAAUCUUUCCUAGAAACACAAAUAGCCUUGCUCAACUGAAAAUCGGAAACCCUACGCCAAAAAUGAAUGAGAUCUUGAGUCGAGUGUCCAGAGAUCCAGUGCUGGGUGGUUCGUCUCGAGUGACGCGCCCCUGUGAAUCCCAGGAAGGGAGAGUAGCUAGAGCACCAACUUCCUUGCCAACAUCGCCUCGGUCCAUUACCAAAGAGUCUCGUGCAUCAAAGCUUUUUAAGAAAUUUAAGCUUUCCGGACCUAGUUCGCGAGGCAACUGUGAAAUUGGCAGCACUUACAUGAAAUCAGGUGGGCGGAAUAGCUUGAGGGGAGCUGGAAAUCUGUCGAAGGAAAAUGGAUCAAAUGUAGCAAGAGAUCUCGUUAAUUCACCAGAACGAACGUUUGCGAAGAGCUUGGAGCCACACAAAGUGGACAUCACGAAUGGGAUGCGGUCUGAUCAUAGUUUUGAAAAACCAUCUGACGAGUGCGGCUCAGAUGGUAAUCGGAUCAAACAUGCACAUGUACCCAUCAUACAGUCGGAGUGUUUGAAAGUGGAUAGCAACAGUUUUGCUGGAUCUGACAAUGGCUCACAACCAAUUGUCCGAGCUCCAGAAGGUAAUGCAGCAUUACAGGAGAAUGCGACGCAGAAGAAGAGUAGCUCACGAUGGCUUUUCAAAUGGAAGUGGGGGUUAAAGCCUUCUGCUAAGGUCGUCAAAGCGUCAGUCAAACGCAUGGAAACUCCAAGUUCGAGAAUUGUGAAUACAGAUUCAGCCAUUUCACCAUCUGCAGAGAUUAUGAGUGAUGCUCACAACUCAUUUUACACCAAAUCAGAUCGUUUUUCGAGUUCGGGAAUCGGUAGGAAACGUUCUCCAAGCAGCAGAUUUUCGCACAGGCGAGGAUCAUCUUGGGGCUGUGCCUCUCAUACUUGUACGGCAACCGUAAACACUGGCAUCAGAAUUAUCCAAAGGUCACGCUUACCAGAUGAAAAUGGUGCAAUUGAUGGUUCCCAAGCCUUUGCUGGAUCGGGAGUGGACAGUGUUGAUUGUGAUAGGACGCAGAGUUUCAGGGACUGCCAGGAUAGCUUUCCGUUGUUUGAAAGCCCGAGGAAAAGUUUGGGAAGCUUCAGAAGUGCUGGAGUGCAGAGUUUCAGGAAGAGUGAUGUCUUUGAGGAUUGUCUUGGAAGCUUUCGAAGUAUCGGCAGUCCAGUAAGUUUCACUGGAAGCUUCAGAAGCGUUGACAGCCCGAAUAUGAACCGCAGUGGUGGUAGAAAGAGAUUUCCUUCUGUUGAGGAGAUUGAAUGGGAUAGCCGCUUACCGCCACCAUUGCAAGGGGAUCAAACUCUAAGGAUUGUAGACGUUGCUGCGUUGUGUAAUUCAUCUCUGAAGUUCGUCUUCAAAUGUAGAGAAAUUCAGCAUUUCAAUAGAUUUUUGAGACGUCAGAAAAGGCGCCUGCUCGAUUGGUUGAAGAAAGGAAAUACCGACCGCUUCAACGUCGUCCGGUCGGGGGCAGAUAUUGAAGUGAGUUCCAUGGUGUCGGCGAUGUGCUACGCCUGGUUUCUGGAGAACACGGUUCCGAAAGUGACAGGGGCGACAUGGCAUGCAGUUCCUGUGAUCGACAUACCUAGGCAUCAGAUGCAUAAACAUAAGGAUGCUGCUUGGCUUUUUGAUGCUUGUGGAAUCGACGCUGCGGCGUUGUUAUUUGCAGAUGAGAUCGAGAUGGCAAGCUUGAUUGAGGCAGAGCGCGUGAAGAUCUCAGUAGUUGAACAAGACGUCCUUGUGACGAGGAAUGAGGUGGGUUCCGUUUGCACACUUCUAAGCGAGAAGCUUCUAGUUGAAGCCCAAUGCUUGUUAGAACCGCGCUACAUGAAGACGCUCUUGUUGGCUGGGAUUCUCUUGGACACUGAGAACCUGGAUUUUGCUUCAAUGCGGGAUACUGAAAUGACUACUAUGCUGUUAGUUGGAUCUAGUUCUCUCGGGAGGAAUGGAUUCUACGAUCAAUUAAGAAGAGUUGAGGAUGAUAAUCAAGUCUCCGAGUUUAUCACCCGUUUUUAUGGCGACGGCAAGCAACUUUCAGGUGACAAGAUAUGCCCUGCAGCUGAAUCAAAGGUACGAGAAGAAGCCGACCAAGAGCAGUUUGAUAAAGACUCACUUUUUACUCAGAGCCAAGACCAGACAUCAACAUCGGAGGCUGGCACAAGCUGCAGUAGUUUAGAUGACUACUCACCUCGGUUGAAGCAAAGUUCCUCCUUCAAAUACACCAAAUUGAUUUCCCAUUCUGCUCCGGCUAGAACUCAACUUCCUUCUCCUUCCAGUGCGGGAUGUAAUGAAGACAAUAAGGCUGUUGCACAUAUAAGGAAAGCAGCGACCAGGUCAGUCAGUUCAGAGCCUCCAGCUUCGGGAGCAAGGUCUCCAAUUUCUCCGAAUUUUAGGAUACGAAGAAAGCUCUUCCUCUAUCAAGCAUAAUAGAUUACAUACAAGGUAUAUCUGAAACAAAAAGUUAGUGACACCAGCAGCUUGUAUCUUCCUUUUUCAUUGUCUGGCAUCUCUUUCAGACAAGAGAGUAAAUAAGGACGGAAUUUCAGUGGAAUCCACUCAGGCGGCCAGGAUCUUUGGACAGAGUUGCUUUCACUGUCGGGAUGCUCUACUUGUCUGGGCACAGUUGUGACGUGAACUAGAAGGAAGAAUUUUAUUUGUAUACGCUCGAGCAAUAGGUGAGACCAAGGCUCCGAAGCGGUAGACCAAAGGAGAGUAGGUUACUAUUUGGCUAACUAUUUGUGUAGUUGUGAAAUACGUUGCAUCCUCCGCCAUGCGCUGUGUUAAUCUGCAGAAAAGACUUACUUGGCAGUUGGUGCAGGAUGCCGAUAAACCUGUAAAUAUAUCUAGUAAUUUUUUUUUGUCAGGUUGGUUGAACUGUUCGGAGAUUUCUGCAUGUAUCUAGUCGCUCAUCUUGCAGACUAGUGUUUUAUUUUUUUAGUCAGCACAGAUCUAACGAAAAUGAA